UAACAUGGUAUCCAGGCCAGAACGGAUCAAAGCGACUUUGUCCGCAAAGAACCGAGGAAAUGCUUCACAGCGGGCCGUCGAGUUGUCAGAUAUGGCAGGCCCACUGUAUUCCUUUUAUUUCAGAAUAGUUACUAAAAGAAUUUAAAAAAAUAAACUCUUCUGAAGAGCACAUGUAGUCAGUGAAUACAGAGAGCAGUCUGGAAUGUUGCCUCAGACCUCUUCAUGAAUGGGGAAGGAUUCCCUUGUUCUGUUGGGGUUGGGAGUCCUGAUGAAACCUGCAACCUUCUUGUUGACUGUCACUACGAAUAUUUCGUCGCGGGCAAUUAUGUAUACAUGUCACCUUUCCUUGAUUUCGUUUAGUUCAUGCACUGGCAUUUAAAAAUGAAUUUCUGGAAAGAAUUUUGCCUGUUGCUUCAUGACAUCAACACAGUAUUUGAAAUAUCCACGAAUACUUUUGUGAAUACAUUAAAAAGUGUAAAAAAGUUGAAAAUAUACAAUUUCUAGGGUGUUGGAAAAUUGAAUCCCAGAGAUCAUUCACUUGAAAUUUGGGCUUUGAGCAUCACUGUCCAUUUUGCAGUUGAAUGUUAAGAAGUGACCAUAUCCUUUAUUAGACACUUGCAGAGCCAAACCAUUCCAGAGCAAUGUGUACAAAAAGUGAAAUCAUUUAACAUGAGGAAGACAUAGAAGUAUAAGAAGGGUGCAGCUAGAUGGCAUAUGAAAUACCUGGUUUAGAUCACUGAGGAAAUGUGGCAGUAAAAAGAUACGUUUUGAACACCUUACUGAAUGUCCGUAGUGAAGGAGCCAAACAAAUGUUAACUGGAGGAGUAUCUCAAGAGUAUCAGGCCUAGUAUCAGACCCAGAACUGAACCUUUCAUCAGAUAUUUGAGGCUCGCCCAAGAACCUUAAGGAAAUGUCAAUAUAGAGUUGCUAAUGAAUCCUGUUUGUUUGUUUUUUUCUUAUGACUUUGAAUAAAAGUUGUGCCAGCAUCAGGCUAUUCUGUACCAAAAGCCUAAUUCCAAUAAUUGCCGUCUCUCCCAGGUUUCAAUUUGGCAUCACAUUGCCUCCUGUACUGGUAACAGCUCUGUUCCUUGAUCAACGUGAUAAUUUGGAAUGCUUCAGCACCUGACAAAAUGAUUGACGGAAGUGGAAAAUAUGAUUUCUACAUUGGUCUGGUAUUGGCAAUGAGCUCUAGCCUUUUCAUUGGCGGCAGUUUUAUCCUGAAGAAGAAAGGUCUCCUUCGGCUGGCCAGGAAAGGCUCAAUGAGAGCGGGACAAGGUGGCCAUGCAUACCUCAAAGAGUGGCUGUGGUGGGCUGGACUCUUGUCAAUGGGAGCUGGUGAAGUUGCAAAUUUUGCUGCCUAUGCAUUUGCUCCAGCUACAUUGGUGACUCCAUUAGGAGCUCUCAGUGUUCUUGUAAGUGCCAUUCUCUCAUCUUACUUUUUAAAUGAAAAGCUUAAUCUACAUGGAAAAAUUGGAUGUUUGCUAAGUAUACUGGGUUCAACUGUGAUGGUCAUCCAUGCUCCCCAAGAAGAGGAAGUAGAAACCUUGAAUGAAAUGUCCCACAAACUGGGUGAUCCAGGUUUUGUUGUCUUUGCAACAUUUGUUGUCAUUGUGUCCUUAAUAAUGAUCUUUGUGGUGGGACCACGGCACGGGCAGACAAACAUUCUUGUGUACAUAACCAUCUGCUCAGUCAUUGGAGCUUUGUCCGUUUCCUGUGUAAAAGGCUUGGGCAUUGCUAUAAAGGAACUUUUUAUUGGACAACCAGUCCUGAAACAUCCUUUGGCUUGGAUACUCCUAUUAAGCCUUAUUGUUUGUGUUAGCACACAGAUCAAUUAUUUAAAUAGGUCCCUGGACAUAUUCAACACUUCUGUCGUGACGCCAAUAUAUUAUGUAUUCUUCACAACAUCUGUUUUAACUUGUUCUGCGAUCCUCCUCAAGGAAUGGGAAGACAUGGCAGCUGACGACAUUAUUGGAACAGUUAGUGGCUUUCUCACUAUCAUAGUGGGGAUAUUUUUAUUGCAUGCCUUUAAGGAUGUCAACCUCACCCUGGCAAAUUUGCCAGUGUCUUUACAUAAAGAUGAUAGAGGGAUGAAUGGCACUCUGCCAAAUCCGUAUGAACGCUUUAGUAAUGAUGAAGAAAAUGCAACCUGUGUAGGUGAUCUACCAGUCACUGAAGGAAUAUCUUCUAGGAGAAAUGGAAACCUGGCAGCAUCUUAAAAAUACAUCUAAAGGACAAUUCUAUACUUGUGUUUUGUUGUGAAAUGUCGGUUUUAAGCGCUUCUCAGAAACAGAUGCAUUUAAACAGUAUGUAUAGACAAUCGUUUGUUUUUAGCUUGGACCAAGAACAGUGGUGGAUUUUUAUUUGCCUUAUUUUCAUUUAAAAAUAUUAAAAAGACCUCAAAACAUGUUUCUGAUUAUGUGUGAACAUGUAAAUAUUACAGUUUGGUUUAAGACUUAUUGCACUAAUGACAAUUUUAAUGAAUAAAAUGCUUUAUUUCUGCA